AGGCAGGUGGCGUCGCCAAAGGGGGGGUGCUUUAAAUAAGGCGUGUGGCUGAAAUUCCUAAACGAUCCAUCGCAACAGUUUGUUCGUUUUUCAUACACCUACCGAAUCGUCUUCGUUGUUUACAAUGUCAAACCAAUUUGCUCCUGGAGUUUCCAUAUCGUCUGUGUCACUGCUCCAAGCACCUCUGAUGGAAAAUAAGUGUAGCUUAAUCGGAUGUGUUAAUGAAGAGUGCCACUGAUGAGUUCAGUAAGUAUGCAGAGCGGGGUUAAGGUUGCAGGUUUAAGAAUCAGUGGGAAAGGGUAUGACAUGGCAUACGAAUCCUGUGGGUGAUGUCUUCUGAUAUGAUUUCACGUAUGGUCAUUAGCAACACUAACACUAAAUGCAUUGGCCUACAUCAGAUUACAUGAAGAAUAGUUAUAGCACCAAUUUGGAGGGAGUCCAACAGUAAAUUAUAAUAAGGAAAGGCUAUACAUAAGAAACCAUAGGAACGGAGGGCUGCAUACAUGUUAUGGUUUCAGAUGACCCAUGUGCAAAAGGUUCCAUGACAAAAGCAGUUUGGAUAUCAAAAAUUGCCAAGUGUCGGUUGUAAACAGAGCCCAUUUACCAUAUGAAUCCCUAUGGGUGUUCCCAUAUUCAAUAAAGAGAUGCUAUAAAACAAUAUGAAACAGUGUUGUGUAGUUUGGUUUAUUCUCUGGAACUAUUUUAUGCCAGCAAUACAACUCUUGUUAUGGUUAUCAUGAUCAAUUUAACAGCUGUGGUUAUUUGUACACUCCCGCUUGUGUUAUUUGACUUAAUUGUUGUAUUGCUGACAGACAUGUUAUAAAAGACAAUUGUGUAUUUCUUGUUAUAUGAUGAACACAACAUGAACAUACAGAAGAUCAGGAGAAUAGAUAUUGUUCUAAGUGAUGGCUCAGCAAGCAAGAUUUGGUCAGAAAUAUUUUAAGGCUUUUGUAAGUGGCUUCUUUGUAGCAGUACCAGUGACAGUCACUGUUCUUGAUCGCCUUGCCUAUGUAGCACGUGUGGAAGGAGCUUCCAUGCAGCCCUCCUUGAAUCCUGAUGGAGGUUCAGCAUCUGAUGUUGUACUUCUGAAUCGUUGGAGUGUAAGAAACUACAGGGUGCAGCGUGGGGAUGUCGUCUCUGUUUUGUCUCCUAAGAACCCUCAGCAGAAAAUCAUUAAGAGGGUCAUUGCCUUAGAGGGAGAUUUCAUUAAAACACUAGGAUAUAAAAACCGUUAUGUGAGGGUUCCUGAUGGACACCUGUGGAUAGAAGGAGACCAUCACGGCCACAGUUUUGACAGCAACAGUUUUGGACCCGUCUCCCAGGGGCUCCUUCAUGGCAGGGCGUCUCAUAUCAUCUGGCCACCCAACCGAUGGCAGCGGAUAGAACCCUAUGUUCCAACUGACCGCAAACCAUUGCUGAACUGGAGCCAAAAAUACUCAGAGGAUGAGGAUGAUUGAAAAAGAUCUCACACAAACAAACUGUCACUGACACAACUUGCUGCAAACUGAAGAAGGAACAUUUUAUAAGAAAGUGAAGUGGCAAUUCCAAAUAUUUUUAAGUUCAACUUUCAACUUUUGUGUUGAUCCUCUGCUUUCCUCAGUGCCUAUUCAAGCAAUGAAUUGUUUUUUCUUUUUAAAAAGACAAAGCAUCAUUAGGUUAAGAACAUGCAUCGGAAAACUGGAUUUCAUCAGUGUUUCAAAUGUUUCUGUGCUUUACAAUACUAUGACUACUAAGUUGAACCAUUUAUGACUUUUAUUGCUAUUGAAGUACUCAAUGGUGGGAUCUGCAGAGUGUUAAUUAAGGUGCUUGUAGUGAUUCUUUUUUGGUAAAAUAAUGUUGCCAUUUGACAUUGUGCUGGUAAAAGUUUGUGCUGGUAAAUAUAUCCCCAAAAAAUAUACAUACCCACAUGUUCCAUAUAACAAAAUAUGGAAAACUUAAAAGGCUCUAAACUUUCUGAAUGCACUGUAUUAUAUACACAUACUAUGUAUACAGUGCAUUCGGAAAGUUCAGACCCUUUCCAGUUUUCCACAUUUUGUUAUGUUUUAGACUUCUCUUAAAAUGGAUUACAUUUUGUCCUCAUCAGUAUACAAACAAUACUUCACAAUGAUAAAGCAAAACCAGGUUUUUGGAGUGUUAUGUUAAUUUAUUCUUAAUAAAAGUCUGGAAUAUGCCAUUA